UGCGGGCCAAUCGCCGGCGACGGCAACGGCGGAGGGAAGGCCUCGUCCUUUUUUUCCCCUUCAGAGGAGGCCGCGGGAAGGCGAGCGGGAGUUUCGGUGCUGACGCCCGCCCGCCCGCCAUGGCUGCUUCGUGGGUGCCGAAGGUCUUCCGUUUACUAGGGGGCUUUCAAAACCAAAAACAGGUGACCAGAAGUUUUGGUAGCACUAUUCGUACAGUAACGUUGAUCCCAGGCGAUGGCAUCGGACCAGAAAUCUCUGCUGCUGUGGUGGAAAUUUUCGAAGCAGCUAAGGCUCCCGUUCAUUUCGAAGAGAGGCAGGUGUCGGCAAUCCAGGGACCUGGCGGGAAGUGGAUGAUCCCUCAAGACGCUAAAGAAUCCAUGGACAAGAACAAGAUCGGGCUGAAAGGCCCUUUGAAAACGCCCAUCGCUGCUGGCCACCCGUCCAUGAACCUGCUGCUCCGUAAGACCUUCGACCUUUACGCCAAUAUCCGCCCGUGCGUGUCGAUCGAAGGCUACAAAACCCCCUACGCCGAUGUCGACAUUGUCACGAUACGAGAGAAUACAGAAGGCGAAUACAGUGGGAUUGAGCACUUGAUUGUUGAUGGUGUCGUCCAGAGUAUCAAACUCAUCACGGAGGACGCGAGCAAGCGCAUUGCUGAUUUUGCUUUCGAAUACGCCAGAAACAAUCAGAGAAGCAAAGUUACGGCCGUGCAUAAAGCAAACAUUAUGCGAAUGUCUGACGGGCUGUUCUUGAGGAAAUGCAGAGAAGCGGCUGAGAACUGUAAAGAUAUCAAGUUUAAUGAAAUGUAUCUUGACACUGUGUGUCUGAAUAUGGUGCAGGAUCCAUCACAGUUUGAUGUCCUGGUCAUGCCAAACCUGUAUGGCGACAUUCUUAGUGACUUGUGCGCAGGACUGAUCGGGGGUCUUGGAGUCACACCGAGUGGGAACAUCGGCGCUAAUGGGGUUGCAAUAUUUGAGUCGGUUCAUGGCACGGCUCCAGACAUUGCCGGGAAAGACUUGGCCAACCCGACUGCCCUUCUCCUGAGUGCCGUGAUGAUGCUGCGUCACAUGGGAAUGCUGGAAUAUGCCUCCAAAAUAGAAAAUGCAUGCUUUGCUACCAUCAAAGACCGGAAGGUCUUGACCAAAGAUUUGGGAGGCAACGCGAAGUGUUCAGAGUAUACGGCAGAAAUCUGUCGCCGGGUCAGGGAUGAAGAGUGAAGCCCCUUCAUAUCCUGCAAAUUUCAGUCACUCCGAAAGGGUGCGGUGGCUCACGUACGCUAGCUCUCUGUGGUUCAUAUCCAUUUUGUUUGCCUUUUCUCUAGAAAGUCUAGAGGGAAGGAAACUCUUAACCUGGGGCCCUCUUUUUUAAAUAAGUACACCUCCCCAAAAAAGGGGACGCACUCCUUCGCGUGCCUGCUUUCAGUGGACUUCUUCCAACAUCUCAUCCUUUUUAUUUAUUAAGUGGUGCACAUUUCUUUUGAUCAAGAUGAAGCCCUUCUAGUGGGCGUUGCAUGCAAUGGCUAACUAUCCGUUGGAGUCCUUUCGCUCUCUGCAAAUGCCUAAAUACGUCUCUAGACAAAGGGAGGCGUUCUGUUUAUCGCGGCGCUUUCAAAGGAGGGUCUGCCGGUUUUAGCAGUCUUUUUGGCCAGCCAAAAGCACAAUAUAUUUUUCUAGAGCAAAAGACCCAUGUUAAACGGACUGGCCAAGUUGCCCUAGAGAGGUGCUCUUUGCCCGAUUCAGGCACCUGAAACCUGUCCUUCAGAAGUAUGGAUAAAAGCCAAAAAAAAAUUAGAAACACAAAAUUGGUUUCAGCUAUUGUGUGUGUAUAUAUAAAAAAUGCAAGAUAUUCCUCCAUUUAGGAUAGAAGCAAAAUUGUUAAAAGAAACAGACAUCCAGUUAGACGCCAGUGUUCUUCUGUGCAACAUCUAUUAUUAUAGCAUUGUUCUAUGAAAAUUACUGAUAUAAAUUGAUUUUUAUCUACUGCAGGUUGGAAAAGGAUGAUGCUAGCUACCAAAUGCUUUUCUGUUUAAAUGGAUACCAAAUAUAUAAUUUGCAAUUGCUGUUGUAUCUCGAGGCCUUUUAUGUUGUGUCCAUGGUGAUGCAGAUCAUAUACAGUAUAUACCUUGGUUCUACAUUUUUCUGAAGCGCUGCUCAAUUCAUGGAUUGCAAACGACCGUCAUAGAAGACUGGUAUGAAGACCCUAUGUAGCCAGUUCCUGAUGGGCCCUAGGAGGUGUCCCCUUGAGCUGCCUCUGGAAGCAGCUCUGGGUCUCCUCCCUUGCUGGUGAUAUUGAACCGUACAGAUCAUGUGAGGUGGGGCCAUUUAAGCUACGGCGUUGCAGCAGCGAAUGGUGUAUAAUCAGAGACCUGGCAGCCCGCAACAUUGUGUUAUGGGUCCUGUUUGGUGUUGUGAGGAGGAGGGAUCAGGAAGGGAGGUUGAUAAGUGGUUUUUAGAAGGACCUGUCACCUGACCAUCCCCUAGUAGAACAAAAGAGAAGAACAUCCAGAUUUGGCCCAAAGGCUGCAGUGAAAGACAUGCUUUCCUUCCCUCGCCUAUUACGGGCAUGGGGUGGCGGUGCCACUCCUUUUUCAAUGCCCUGCCCAGAUUCCCCCCCUUGGAGUGUGGGGCACCCCCCAGUCUGUAUCCAGGGGCACAUUUAGGACAUGCGGGGGGGGGCUCGGGUUGCAACUGCCAGGCUUGUGCCCCCUCCCUCGGCCCCAUAAGCCCCGCACGGUGGCUUUGCUUUUCUUCUGCCGUUUCCCCGGGCCAGGUCUGGACAGCCCAAAAUAGCAAGGAGGUUUGAGCAGCUUGCCUGGUUUUUUUUUUUUUCAUUAUUACUAUUAUCAUUACUUUCUUUAUGCACCAGAAAGGGUUCCAUACCCUAAGGUUAGCUUCUUCACCUGUCCGUACGGGCUUGUCGGAGAACUUUAGGGGAAGUGCUUUGCCCUUGAACUGAAUGUGUUUUUACAUGCUGCUGCUGCUUCUGUCUGCCCCAUCUCUUGG